CUGUCAGGGUCUGUUUUCAAAUCUCUAUUUUCCAGUGUAUAUUUUUGAAUAGUCUGAUUUAAAUAUUCCGACAAUCUUGACUCCUUCCUGACAUACCAGCGUUUGGCAUCAACAAUUUCUUUAUGGUGGUCCUGCCUCCCAUAAAGAUUCCAGCAAAACGAAAUGAUAACAAAAAUCGAAAAAAGCAGCAAUGGCCUAGCCGCAUUCAAAGCAAGAUCUUCGAAAACGGCUUAACCUGGUUCGAUCUAGACACAGUCAGAGACACUUAUACCCUAACUAGGCACAAAUAUAUCCCUCUGCACAAACAGACUCCAGAAUACUUCGAUUCCAAAAGAGAGCUUACCGAUGACAGGAUUUUAAUACCUUAUAAAACCGACUUGGAUGAAAACAAACUAACUGGAUAUACAGAGAGAGAACCCCUUUAUACGAAGAUAGAUCUGUAUGGUAGAUUAUCGGAAAUUCGUAGAAAAGAAAGAGCUUUGAAGAAAGGAUGGAGUAGGCUUGAGCAUGAAGAGAUUGAUUUUCGAAAAUCCGUUGAACUAUACAGUAGAUUCGUUGUUGAUAAUAAGAUCAAAAGGGAGGUGUCUCACAAAAAGAUUGUAUAUUAUAGGGAGAGAACUGAAGUACUGAGAAAUGAAACCAAUAUUUUCAGGAUGGAAAAUAAUUCUCUGCGAGAAAUUAUAGUCAGAAUGAAAGAAGAGUAUAAAAAGCUAAGGAUGUACUAUGAUUUUUGUAGUGAUGCUGCCCGUAUUGAAGGAUCCUUCACACCAUUUUCUAUGAUAGAUCGGUAUUUGACUAUUAAAGAAACAGAAGAAUUCGUCAACAACCGGUUGUACAAAGCAUUUGCAGAUUCCACCAGGUUGUACAAUGAUUUGAAGCACGAGCACUCCGAAAGAGACCGCAUUCUACAUUACUUAAGAAUGCGAUAUAACGAAGUGAAAACGCGUUAUGACGAAGCUUUUCUACAAUCUGAAAGAUCCCAACAGUUCUACAAUUCCGUGUGGAACAGAUGCCAGAUACGAAUCAGACGAUCUCAUCAAUGCGUCCAAGCCAUAUCAGCCAUAUACAAAUUGAUCCGAUCAAGAACGGCAUGUGAAAAAUACAUACCUAAAACAAGAACACCGGAACGUCUGGUUUUCAUAAGUAGAAAUAUGGAGAAGUUGGAAGGACUGAGUGGCAUCAUCCAGAAAAUGAUCGAGGAAGAAGAGGUAGGACGAAGGUUCAAAGGAGAAGUAUCUUCCAGCGACAUUGUAGUCACUAUCAAGGGAAGCACAUUGAGUUCUGAAGGUGCUGCGAAAGAUGAUGAUGAUGAUGAGGCAAUCGACAUGAAUCAGAUUAUCGAGGAAGAAAAGAUGAUCCAGUCGAAUAUAGAUUCGUUAUUCUGCGAUUGGAAAACAGCCAGAAUACCUACUAUCAAGUACUCAAUAGAGAACAUAAUGAAAGCCAAAGCAAGCAUAUUAACAAACGCUUCCCGUCUCUCCAACAGACUCCCGUCGUUAAUGGAAACCAAAGAGUUCACGAACUACAUAUUCAAAUUCAAAUCGGAGGAAAAAAUGUCCAGCUACGACAAGAGAAAACUGUACGAUGAAAGAAGAAGACUCAGUGAAGCAGGAAAACGAACAGUUUGUAAACGUUUGAGGCCAUUAGGAAGGAGAUACUCUCCUAAGAUUGUCGGCUCAGAUGGACAACAGAAUGCUGUUUCUGGACCAGAUCAAAAAAAAGUGAGAAAGUCUGGUACGAAGACGGUAUUUUGAAUGUAGAUUAGUUCUGACUUUUUCCAUAAUAUUAAGUAAUAAUUUGUUAUGUAGAUAUAUAUGAGUUUUUAUUCACGAGGAUUAUUCGAUUUCGUAUAUGAAGUAUAAAUAUAUUUAUUCUGUUAUACAAGUAUUAUAUGAAAAUAUAUUUUCUCUAUUAAUAAAAUCUAUUUUUCAAAUGA